ACCGUACUUAGAUUGCCUAGCAAAGAAUCAACUUCUAAACAGGCGUGUGUGGUAACCCUGUCUGUUACCAUGGUGAAAGGAAGCCAUCCAAAACAUGUGCGUCAGUGAAGUCUUCGGUUCAGAGAAGGUAUCAAGAGUAUACGGUUUACUGGGACGCCAUACACAACAGAGUUUACUUUUCUUUUUUAUUUCGUCAGUUAAAUAAUGUCACUUCAAGCCAGUACUCCCAGUCUGCAGUAUUGCGAUGAUCAGAUCGUUAUCGGCAUAGAUUACACACAUCUGGAAGCCUUAUGUGGCGUAAGUGGACUCGGAGAUGGCGGCAGCGAUUCGAAAUCCACAGAAGAGGCCCAUAAAGAUUUUAUGAGCUCCUAUCAAAAAAUAUUCCUCCGACCCAAGAAAGUGAUUCCGCGCGUCCCGCUCCCUUCAAAUUGCAGACCCGUGCAAGUUCCUGUGAGAGGAAGACGAGGGGGCAGCAAUGCAUCCUGGGAUAUGAGGCAGAGCCAGGGUCACAGCAGGCAGGCGCGAGAUCAUCUGAUCGGCCAAACACUGAGGGCUCUGAGGAAACUGCCCAUAGAGAGGUCACUGGCGGACCAGCAGGCUAUCCGCAGGACACUGAAUGCCUUUCCCUGCCUGUCUACCCUCCUGUCCAAUCAGGAGCUUCAGCAGAUCAGCAGCAUUGCAAUCCUGGAGUCCUGGGAGAGGGAACAGACCAUUUUCGGACACAACGGACUACACCUUGUGCUGAGGGGAACCGUGAGGCUGUACUCACAUGAGGCCACCAAGACUGACACGAUGGGAGUGGGCGGCUGUUUCGGGUCGCUGGAGGAGCAGGACACGGACGAGGCUCACGCAGACGCCCAGCACGCCGUAACGCUGGACAACUGUGAGAUCCUGAGGAUCCCCAGGGCCGCCUACGCCAAGCUCCAACAGGAGAUCGAAGCCCAGAACUCCGCCCUGAGAGAGUCAAUCGUCCAAUCCUGUCCUUUCUACCUCCACUGGCACAAGCUGUCAAUCAAGAAACUGUCUGACCUCAUCCAGAUGAGACAACUGCCAGCCAAUCACGUUCUAGUCCGGGAGGGUGAGGUGUGUCCCUUCGUAACCUACAUCCGGACAGGGGAGUGUAACAUCCUUCGGGAUAUCGAGGGAGUACCGAAAAGGGAACCUGGAAAAAAGGGCAACAGGGUCAAGUACGUGGUAGUGGGCAAACUGGGUCCCGGCGCGUCGUUCGGGGAGACCAGCGUGCUCCUGGACCAGCCUUCCCCUUGCAGCGUUGUCACGGCGACGGAGGUGAAGAUGGGAGUCAUCCUCCCCAGCGAUCUGAAAGGGCUGGACUCUGUGACUCGGUCUCUGAUAGAGCAGACGGAGCAGCCGGCCUACGGGAAACUGAGUCAGGAGCAGAUGAACAAGAUGUACGUGGCACAGGAGAGACAAAAGGAGUGGCUGCAUAUCAAGAGGCGGGUGCUGAGAGAUGCUCUGUUCUACAACGGCAUUGUGCAGGGAUGUGGGAAGUGGAACCAGAUCAGGGUCAGAAGAGACCAGGAUACACACCGCAAUCCCCCCACUUCCUCUCUUUAAAUACACACCCACCACCCUCCAUCCCAGCCUCUCAUCCCUCUAUCCCAGCCUCAUAUCCCUCCAUCCCAGCCUCUCAUCCCUCCAUCCUAUCCUCUCAUCCCUCCAUCCCAGCC